GUGAUUCUCAGUAUAGCCAGCAGAAUUUGGUGCUUUCUGCUCCAACUUCAGUGCCCAUAUUGCCAGGAUUACAAAAAGGGCAGGGUCCCAUAAAUAUUUUUUAUUUUUUCUUUUCGUGUAGAUCAAAACGUGUAAUCUAGCAAACAAGUAAUGUCUAUGAAGAAUGUAGAAGAAAGCUUUAAGACUUAUUUACCUUUUGAUUAAAGAGUUAAUCAAAUUAUCUGCCGGCUAAAGACAUAGAGAGCAUCUCUCUGCUUUCAUUAGUUUGAUAAUUUUAACUUGUUAUUUACAGUGCCAUAAGUUGUUGUUGAGUCAUGUAAGAGAAUAUUAGAAUUAGGUGUUUGGAAUUGUGGGGUUUUUCUAAUUCUGUUAUCUUGUAUAUGGGCUCUGAAUAAAUUGGGGUGUCAGAAUUCUUGCAAGAGAAACGGCAGAACAGAGGCAGAUUCAAGUGUUGUUCUUCAAUCAUGGCUGCAGAUAAUGUUGCAGAAAUGUCAAUUUUCUCAAAAGUAGACCAUUUUUACAGUUGUGGUUGGGAUGCCAUGGUUUUGGGGAAUGAAACAGCAACUUUUCUUGAAAAUCAGACAAAGUUAAACUCUUCUGAUUCUGGUUUAGCUGAAAGCAUGCCAAUGAUUACUUCAGUUGGAGAAGUCGAUGAAUCUUGCAGUCACCCAGAUUUUUUUCAAGAUCGUUGUCAAAGUCCAUCUAAUGCAAAGAGGAAAAGAAAUGUAUCUUCAUCUAAGAAUUCCCAAGUGGAUGAAAAGCAAACAGUUGAUGCUGAAGAGAAAUUUGUUCAUAUAAGAGCCAAAAAGGGUCAGGCAACAAGCAACCACAGCCUAGCAAAAAGGGUGAGGAGAGAGAGGAUUAGUGAGCGCAUGAGAUUGCUGCAAGAAUUGGUUCCUGGUUGUGAUAAGAUUACUGGUAAAGCAGUGGUGCUUGAUGAGAUUAUCAACUACGUGCAAUCACUACAACAGCAAGUUGAGUUUCUUUCAAUGAAGCUUGCAACCGUGGAUCCAGAGCUCAACCUUGAUAUUCAACCCACUUUGUCUACACAUCUUCGAGGUAGCAAUGGAGUUGGUGGUACGAGUUCGACUUGUUCCCAAGGGAACGUUCCUUCGCUACCUCAGGACUUAUGGAACAAUGAACUCCAAAGCGUCCUUCAAACUAGAUUCUAUCCCUGUUCCUCCUCUAUCUCUAUGAGCGGUUUGCUGGGAAAUGGGUUGUCGGAAAUGGAGCUGUAGUAUUGUUUCAAGCAAGUGGAGAUUUGUGCUGAUGGAAAUGGAGAUUUAUUUGUAGUUUAGCUCUGUACUUAGGUUAUGAUAGAAUCACCCAAGGUGAUUCAUUUCGAUUCAACUUUCUUAUGCCUUGCUUUGUUUACUUUUGUGGUUAGGGAUGGAUAAACAAAAAGAUGAUACCAAAUUUUACUGCAUACCUACCAAAUUUGUUGGAAAUAAUGAGAUUCUGUGUUCGAAA